GUUGAGAAAGAGAUGGCGGGCGGAGGACGGCAAGGGAACGCCCAUCAUGACAUUCCAUUUCAUGAUGAGUGAGUUUGACGGAGUGUGAGACGGUGACGGGAAAAGAGAAAAUUGAAUUGAGGGAAAAGGGAUAUGCGCGUCCGUAUUUCGCGUCCGUGAUUGACGACGCCCAAGUGGCACCCGGUAUAUACAAUACAAACCCUCGCUUAUCAUUACCCAGCUCAUCUCUCUGCUUAUCCUCUCCGAUACAGAACUAAGAUGGCGAGAUUCGCAGCAAUCUUUGCUCUCUGUGCCCUCGCCGCCACCGCCCUCACUGUUUCCGCUUGCCGCUUUCCUCUUAAUGUUACGGGCAGAGUCUACUUAGACACCUGCAAUAUGGGCUUCGAAACCACCGAAUCCUUGUAUACCCAUGGUUCAUCUGUGCAAUUGGAGUGCAAGCAUCGGAAGACCGGUAAGACCGUCCACAAUGACACCGCCGUUACCGACGAGGAAGGAAACUAUAGCUUCACUGUGAUGGAAGACCAGGGCAACGCGCGAUGCCAGGUCUCCCUUGUGAACUGCACACAUAUUAAUGCAGCGGGAGCAACUCUUGGCCGCGACAGCUCCCUGGUUUCCCUCACCUGCAACAAUGGCAUGGCCACCAGCCAACGCUUAGCCAACAACCUCGGAGUCAACGUCAAAACCACCCUGCAAAACUGUGACCAGAUCGUCGCCCAGUACCACCUCGAUGAUGACAAUUUCUAAUCAGUAGAUGGUUUCCCCCAUCUACAACUACUACUACACUGUUCGUUGAGCUAAUCUCCCCCCUCACUCUUGCUUCCUUUGCAAUAGUAAUCUCCUGCCUUUGGAUUUACACUCUUCUUUUUCAUGUUUUCCUCCACUUAUGCCGCCUUGUUGUUUCACUUGCUUGUGCAUUUGUAAUGUUAAAAAUUCUGUAUCACAGAUCAGUUGUUGGUUAUAUUCUUUGGCCAAGUUCUGUACUUUGUUGUUACUCACAUACAUGAAUGCUGCCUGCCAGCAACCUUGGGCUCUUGUUUAAAUAUACUACGUAUUUGUUUUAACAAUUCCACCAAUAAUAACAUAUACGAAGUAUUUAUACGAGUAUAUGAUAUCGUUAAAGUAAAUUGUUUCAUAUCCGCUUCCGAUUC